CGAAAGGUUUCGGUAUCCUUCUGCUUCGGAUCACCUCAUGGCGCCCUGGGCGGGCCGUCGCCGCAUUAUUCGUUGGCCCUCACGACGCGUGCGAUCGCCGACAGGAACCAUUCUCCCAAGCUAACCUAUAUAUUACCCGCCACAGACUCCUGCCCCGUCCGUCUCUUCCCUCUCUCUCUCUUCCCUACCUACAUAACCAUCUCCAAUCCCUCUCAACUUCUCUUCAUCCACAACUCUCUCCCAUCUCUCAACUUUUCUAGUACUCGCUACUACCACUCAAUCUCAUCACAAUGUCUGGAAUCAACCCCGGUGACAGCUUCCCCACUGACGUGGUCUUCUCUUACAUCCCCUGGACUGAGGAGCAGGGCGAGAUCACCUCUUGCGGUAUCCCCAUCAACUACUACGCCUCCAAGGAGUGGGCCGACAAGAAGGUCGUCCUUUUCGCCCUUCCCGGUGCUUUCACCCCCGUCUGCUCCGCCCGCCACGUCCCCGAGUAUGCCGAGAAGCUCCCUGAGCUCCGUGCCAAGGGUGUCGACGUUGUUGCCGUCCUUGCCUACAACGAUGCCUACGUCAUGAGCGCCUGGGGCAAGGCCAACCAGGUCAAGAACGACGACAUCCUCUUCCUUUCCGACCCCGAGGCCCGCUUCUCCAAGAGCCUCGGCUGGGCUGAUGAGGAGGGCCGCACUGCUCGCUACGCCAUCAUCAUCGACCACGGCAAGGUCACCUACGCCAAGCGUGAGCCCGCUAAGAACCACCUCGAGUUCUCGAGCGCCGAGACCAUCCUCAAGAACCUGUAA